AUUAUUUAUCGUGUAUUUAUUCAAAUUAUUGUACUUAUUACGUUCAAUAUUAGGUGCGCAUGCGCACGGCUAUAAAACCACAAGCCAAGGUUUUGUAGAAAUGCAAAGCUAUCAACAUGGAUUCUGCCACAGAAGUUAACCAAAUACAGGAAGAAAUUGAUAGACUAACAACCCUUAUUUCUGCCCAUAAGCGGGCUCAAGUUAUGCACACGGGUGUAUUACCUAGAGAUAGGGAUGCAAAACAAAGCCUAUACAAUACAAGAACGUGCUUGCAUAGUAAAGGCAACAAAAAGCCAUACAGAAACACACGUGCAUGGAUCAAGCAGCCUGCCAUUGCUCAAGUAACCCAGUCUUCAACGUUACGUGCGGCAUCCGUGCUACACAAGCAGGUAUCUAUUGGUAGUGUUAACUGCUCAUCUGGAUUAAAACUGCCUAGUUUACCAUCACAUGUUUGUAGUAAUCUGCCGACAAAGCCUGUGAGUAGACGUGCGAGUGUUUUAAAUGUUAAAGGACUUGGUGUUGAUCAGAACAAAAAGCGAGCAUCACAAACAGAGGCAAAUGACGUGAAAUAUCGCAGACUUGUGCAGAAAACAGCAGCUGUAAAAGAACUGCUGCAUAGUGACGUGUUAACAAAUGCAGCAGAAAAACAGAUACCAACUACUGUGUGCAAGGAGCGUGGUAUGAGAAGUGUUGGAGAGUACAAGCUCGUCAAUAACAAAUCUGUGAAAGCGUGGGUAGAUCUGUCAACACCGUGUGUUGAACAUUCUAGCACAAGCAGUGAGAACACGUCUAACGCACAUUCCACACUUCAGAAACUAGGGAAGUAUAAGCUCGUGAAAACAGGUAAUGGUAAAAUGGUGCCAAGUUCACCUUUUGCUAGAUCAUCCACAGCAUUACAAGAUGCCAAUGCUACUACAUCCAUAAAGUCAUCAAGAUUGUUUACCACACCUUCAACAGUUAAAAAUAUGCGCAAAGGUGCUGCUGAAGUGAUUAAAGCACGUAGUGCUAGACGGCUUUCCGACACCAGAUCUCGUGUACGAAGAUCAUCUGGACAGUCUCCUGCAUUGAGAAAGGUUGGUAAGUACAAGUUGAUCAGAAGAAGGAAGUCGUCUGAAACAAAUCUCAAUAGAUUGAAUUUGUCGAACAGUAGACAUAAAAUUCGAUACUCGCCACGGAGCACAGCUAACGUUGUCAACCCUACCAGAGUUCGAAUGUCUCAUCUCGGUGGAAACGUCCAAAGCACAUUGCCAGUUAGCUUCCUACGACUGGUUGAGAAGUUUAAACGUGCUUCAAAAAAUGCUGAUAGGAAACCCAGGGGCAUAAAUGCUUCACUGCAGACUGGAAAUUUGGUCGUGAUCGGAGGAAUGCUGUACAAGUCCACACGAAACAAACUAAAGAAGCAGUCGCAGUCCGCUGCUAGACAAAAACGAUGUGCUUCUUUGGUGAUAAGGAAUGUGCGCCGUCCAAAAAAGAUGAGUACCCUCUUUGUACGCGGUGUUCGUUACCACGUGGGCGAGGAUGGGAUGACGCUUAGACGAGACGAAAACAGUUGUAGUGACGCCUCUCUAGGCAGGAUUGACAUCGGCGGCGCCACCUAUGUGCAGACUCGACCAGGAACACUUGUAAGACGCACAGGCCUGAAGACAGUCCAGAUCGCCCAUCGUGUGGUCAACCGUAGCAUGAACCACGCGCGGCGAGCAAGUCUUCGUAAGGCGGGCAGCGUAAAACAGUACUGUGUCUUCUACAACCGCUACGGCAAGUGCAAGAAGGAGAACUGCAGGUUCGUUCAUGAUCCGUCCAAGGUAGUCGUCUGCACGAGGUUCCUGCGUGGCACCUGCAAGGUGGAGAGCUGCCCAUUUUCUCAUGAGGUGUCCAAGGAGAAGAUGCCAGUGUGCUCGUUCUUUCUGCGAGGCGUCUGUGGCAGGGUCGGCUGUCCGUACCUGCAUGUGAAUGUUGGGCCCGAUGCCAAAGUGUGUGACAGGUUCCUGCAGGGCACUUGUUUACUCGGUGAGAAGUGCAAGAAAAAGCACAUCCUCCGCUGUCCGGAGUUUGCUAAGACAGGAGCUUGUGCGAAAGGUGGCAGGUGCAGGCUGGUGCACCCUAGAGCACGUCCAGGUGGGGUCACAGUUCGCAGAUCUGCUCGUCAGGAGCUAAAACACGUGGCAGGGAUGUCUAGCAGUGAAGCCGAGGGAAGUACUCCGACUAAAGAUGAUCUGGGAAAGCCACAGGGAGAUUCCAGUACUUCAUCUGAAUGGCCCACUAAGCUGCCUUCUUACAUCUCUCUAACAGGUUCUCCUGACCUCACAGUGUCAGUCUCGCAGCAUGCAAAAUGUGUAAGAAUUCGACCCCAGUUCUCCCCAUCAUGAUGCAAUUUUUUAUUAGACUAUUUUCUUAACUUUUCCUAAUUCAUUCAAAUGCUGUUCUAGACCAAUUAUUUCCCCAUAACCUAAUAACUACUGACGUUUGACAAAAUAUUGAAACCAGUUUAGAACUUACAAAACCAGUUGAAUGCAUUUUUAAUAUCAAUUAGUAAAUGCAAGAUUGUUACAUGAGUAUUUUAAUAAUAAAAGACGUUGAAUUAAAAUGUA